ACCAAUAUGGCGGCGUCCUGUAAUCUCCCAUCCCUGCUCUUGUUACAGACUGAUCUAGAGUGUUCCUUACAGGAGGCGGAAUCUCCCGGAGAUAAGGAGCGGCUGGUUAUAGAGUAUCUGAGCGAGAUCAGCGGCCGAGCUGGAGAUCUCCGUGUGCCAGAGUUUGCUGUAGGCUUAGAAUGGCUGAAUACUGAACGUCCACUGUCUCUGCACAAUGAUUUACAGGGAAAAGUGGUUGUGUUAGAUUUCUUUACAUAUUGCUGUAUCAACUGUAUGCAUCUGCUGCCUGACCUGCAUGCCUUGGAACACGAGUAUUCUGACAAAGAUGGUCUCGUCAUUGUUGGAGUGCAUUCAGCCAAGUUCCCAAAUGAAAAGGUUCUGGACAAUAUCAAGAGUGCAGUCCUCAGAUAUAACAUUACUCACCCCGUAGUGAAUGACGCAGACGCUGUCCUUUGGCAGGAGCUAGAGGUGUCCUGUUGGCCCACUCUGGUGAUAUUAGGACCUCACGGAAACCUUCUCUUUUGUAUCAUUGGCGAAGGACACAGAGAGAAACUGUUUCUAUUCACCUCCGCAGCCUUAAAGUUCUACAAAGAGAAAAGCGAAAUCAGGGAUAACACAAUUUCUUUGAGAUUGUACAAGGAUUUGCUGCCCCCUUCUCCUUUACUUUUUCCUGGAAAGGUAGCAGUAGAUUUCUCAGGUGACAAUCUAGUUAUCGCUGAUACAGGACAUCAUAGGAUUUUGGUUGUGAGGAAAAAUGGACAGAUUUUACACACUAUUGGAGGACCUGGAAGUGGCUGGAAGGAUGGAGAUUUUUCAGAAUCGGCUUUUAAUUCGCCCCAGGGGGUGGCUAUUAACAACAAUAUUAUCUAUGUUGCAGAUACAGAGAACCAUUUAAUUAGAAAGAUUGAUCUUGAAACUAAACAAGUGAGCACUGCAGCUGGCAUAGGAAGUCAAGGAACAGACAAAGAGGGCGGAACACAAGGAAAGAAUCAGCCAAUCAGUUCGCCCUGGGAUGUCGCUUUUGGAGCCCCAGGUGUAAGUGAACAGAAUGUUCUCUGGGCUGCUAUGGCUGGAACACAUCAGAUCUGGGCACUAUUCUUAGAAGAGGGAACGCUACCAAAGGGGAGCAAUCUUCCCAAAGGAUCGUGCAUUCGGUUCGCCGGAAGCGGAAAUGAGGAAAACCGAAAUAAUUCAUACCCUCAUAAAGCUGGUUUUGCACAGCCUUCUGGGCUCUCUGUGUGCCUGGAUGAACCUUGGAAGUGUCUCUUUGUCGCUGAUAGUGAGAGCAGCACAGUUAGGACCAUCUCGCUGAAAGACGGAGCCGUGAAACAUCUUGUUGGGGGAGAGCGAGAUCCUAUGAACCUAUUUGCCUUUGGAGAUACCGAUGGAAUAGGCAUUAAUGCCAAGCUCCAGCACCCAUUAGGUGUAGCAUGGGACCCAAACAGAAACGUGUUGUAUGUGGCGGAUUCGUAUAAUCACAAGAUCAAGGUUGUAGAUCCUAAAACCAAGAGUUGUGUUACCCUGAGCGGUACCGGUCAAGCAAGCAAUGUCAGUGGUGUUAGUUUUACACAUGCAGCGUUUAAUGAGCCUGGGGGACUGUGCGUCAAUGGACAUUUGUUGUAUGUCGCUGACACAAAUAAUCACCAGAUUAAAGUACUGGACUUGGAGGCAAAAACAGUCUCACUUUUUCCUUUAUUGGCCAGUGAAUGGGCAGAUACAGUGGACAGUAAAAUACCAAUGAAGAUCCAGAUUCCGAAGUUACCGAAGUCCGCGCCGAACGUCACACUGGAACCCUUGUCUGUAUCGCCAAACAAACCUUUACAAUAUUUAUUAAAACUUAACCUUCCAGAGGGGUCAAAAUUAACAAACGACGCCCCGAGCUUCUGGUUUCUAACUGCCGAAGGUCAUGAAUGGCUUCUUGAAGGUCAGAAGGUGAAUGGAGAGAUUGUGAGUCUGACAAAACCAAGUCAAAUAGACCUGCGGAUUCCACUGGAACCAGCAUUCCCAGAAGCUGUUUUAUGCAUUGGUGCAUUUGUAUAUUACUGCAGCCAGGAUAGCAAUCUUUGCAUGAUGAAGGCCGUCUCGUUUACUCAGCGUUUACAAAUAAUUCCUGGAACAACAAGCAGUUCGCUGGAUCUCACCUACACAUUCAAAUAACAGCAUAAAUACUGUUAUACUGAAUACCAAAGUUAGUGUAGGAUUUGCAAUAUCUUCUAACCUUUUAUAUCAGUGUGCAGGGUUUUGUAAUGUAUGAAAUACCAGAAAGCAGGUGUUAAUUUAUUAUUAGGAUAAGAAGGUUUGGGCCCAUAGCAGCAAAUUUCAAGGUCCUGUAGAUAAUUCAAGUUUUGUUACCAGAUGUAAAAAAAUAUAUAUAUCCUGGUUCCACUUGGUGUUCUGUUUGUGAAGGAUUUUUUUAAGGGGACAUGAAACCCUAAAUUUUUCUUUCAUCAUUCAUAUAGAGCCUACAGGUUUAAACGCCUUUCCAAUUUACUGCUAUUAUCAAAUUAGCUCUGCUCUCUUGGUAUCUUUGGUUGAAGGAAACAGCAAUGCACUACUGGAAGCUAGCUGAAGAAAUCAGUUGAGCCAAUGACAAGAGGCAUAUAUGUACCAAUUCAAAAAAUAUAAACGAUAAAGGCAAUUAUAUGUCAAGCUCCUCUAAAACACUGUACCUGUAUUACAGUACUUAAAAUAUCUAUAAAAAAAAAUAAAAAACAUAGAGGAGCGCUCAAACAGCUAAAGACAUACAUUUUAUUACAUUUAUUACAUACAAUAUUAAAAGAGUGUGCAUUUUGUACUUAUUCACAC